GUUAUGAAAAACAAAAAGCUGUGUAUAUCUUGCCUGUAGUUCUUAUGUCUUUAAUCUUUUAUAAAAUUUUUGAUAUAAAAAUUUCAAGGUACAUUGCCUAAUAUGGCGUUGUGACGCUAUUUCCGUUCAAAGAUGUCAUUCAGAGUGGUUCGAAGUAGCAAGUUCAGACAUGUAUAUGGUUCUGCAUUGAAGCGUGAACAAUGUUAUGACAAUAUAAGGGUUUCAAAGUCGUCGUGGGAUUCAACAUUUUGUGCAGUGAAUCCCAAGUUCCUUGCCAUCAUUGUUGAGUCUGCAGGUGGUGGUGCAUUUAUUGUACUGCCUUUGAAUAAGGUAGGACGAAUUGCGGCAGACCACCCACUAGUAGGUGGGCACAAAGGACCUGUACUGGAUAUAGCCUGGUGUCCACAUAAUGACAAUGUUAUAGCUAGUGGGUCAGAGGAUUGUGUUGUCAAAGUGUGGCAGAUUCCUGACAGUGGCAUCAGCAGAACUUUGACUGAGCCUGUAGUAGAUCUGUUAUAUCACCAGAGACGUGUAGGCCUUGUUCUCUGGCAUCCUGCAGCACAGAAUGUGCUUCUCACAGCUGGUUCUGACAAUCAAGUGGUAGUGUGGAAUGUGGGAACAGGGGAAGUUUUAGUGCACAUUGACUCUCAUCCAGAUAUUGUGUAUAGUGCUUCAUGGAAUUGGGAUGGCUCUCAGCUUCUUACCACUUGCAAAGAUAAGAAGAUGAGGCUAAUUGAUCCACGCACAGGGACUGUUCAGGAGGAAGCAGUAUGCCAUGAGGGAUCAAAAGCAACCAGAGCAAUCUUUCUUAAAAGUGGUCUCAUCUUUACAACGGGUUUUAGCAAAAUGUCUGAAAGGCAGUAUUCCCUUCGAGCACCAGAACACCUUUCAGAGCCUAUUGUUAUGGUGGAGCUGGACACAAGCAAUGGAGUUAUGUUUCCAUUAUAUGAUCCUGACACAAAUCUUGUCUAUCUAUGUGGUAAGGGUGACAGUGUAAUUCGUUAUUUUGAAAUAACAGCAGAGCCACCUUUUGUGCACUAUAUCAACACGUUCCAAACACCAGAUCCUCAAAGGGGCAUUGGUAUGAUGCCCAAGAGGGGCUGUGAUGUCAAUAGUUGUGAAAUCACACGUUUCUACAGGCUGAACAACUCCGGUCUUUGUCAGGUUGUUACUAUGACAGUGCCAAGGAAGUCAGAGCUGUUCCAAGAAGAUUUAUAUCCUGACACAGCUGGAGACCAGCCAGCUAUCUCUGCUGAGGAUUGGGUUGCAGGGAAAGAUGCAGAACCAAUUCUCAUAUCUUUACGUGAAGGUUAUGUCCCAUCCACACAAAAGUUUGAUUUGAAAGUGAGUCGGCGCUCCAACGUACUUGACAAGAUGCCUCCCAAGGGAUCACGGGGAAGUUCAGGGAGCACAGGAAUAUCAGCAGGAUUUACAGGUGGAGCUGCUACAGUACAGUUGCCUGAUAAAUUCCUGGAGGAGUUCCAUGAAGAAAUCAGGAAACUUAAGGCUGUGAUAGUGAAACAUGAAACACGAAUCAAAGCCCUUGAGGCUCGCUUGACUGCAGCACCUGCCCCAGGGAAUCCUGGUGGGGAGGAAGAAGGACGAGUGGGAGAUGGUCUUGGAGUGGGCCAACCACCCCGGGGAACAUCAGAAUCCCUCAACAAUACCCACACCUCUCCACCUAUGGCCCUGUCCCAAGAAUUAGCACCUGACGAAGUUUAAUGUCAACCGUCCUUCAACACAAGUGAGGAAUUGGGUACCUUUAUUGAUUCUGACCUGUUAUGGCAACAUGUGGUAAGAAUCCUGAUAUCUGAAUGUCUAAGAACUUGUCAGUUUGUAGUUAAUUUGUUAUAGGGCAUUCAAAUGUCAGUUUUUUGUGCUACCUGAUUUCCUGGUACUUUACAGCAUGGCUGUGCCAAGAAGGGCAUUUCCUCCAUGUAAUUUUACAUUUGAGGGAACUGUCCCAUACUUCUCAGACUUAACUUGGAGGUGCUAUACAUGCAUCUUUCUUUUGCUCACUUCCGUGUUGCAAAACUCGGAAAUUAUUUAGUGCUGCUGACAUGAUAUAGUGUUCAAAUCAACUGUGACUAAGGGCUUCCUAGUAUGACUAUUACUGUGAUGUUAAAAUACUUAUGGCAUACCUCACAGAAACUUUUCUAUCCAUGCCUUUGUAAUUUACAAAGUAUAUGAGAUGAUGGCACUGCAUUAAAAUUUCCAUUUAUAAAAGAUGUCAAUUCUUAUUCAUGGAAUGUAAAGAUUAAAUCACUUGUAAGCAAGAAUGUGAAAUUCAUUAUAGUCAUUUGUUUCUUAGUAUAUACAGCUACAUUUUGUAUAUUUAAUUUUUAUACAAACCUUAUCUUGUGGCAUUUUGGCAGAAGCCAUUUUUAGGUGUUUUGUAGAAUACUUGUGUUUUGUGGUUCUUAAAAGGUGCCUUAUUUUCAGCAAUUCUUUUUUAUUUUGCUCUGGCCAGUAAUUCUUGUCACAACAGGUGCUGAUGGUUACAGUAUUAUCUCAUCACAUUAUUAUAGCUUAGUUUACAAGACAGUGCACAUUUAAAUAUAAGUUAAUACAUAUUUUAAUAAUUAAAGCUACACAGUAUAUGCUCCUGGUGGAUAAAAGCAAGUGGUUUAAGAUGCUGUCAUCAUUUCUUGUUCAAAAUAUAAACAUAAGGGGCUCUAAAUUCAUCAUGGUUGAUAUGACCAAUUCAGUAGCAGCAUAAGUCAUAUGCUAUAUUACUUCAACAUAUUUCUUCCCGAGUUUUCAAGAAAAAACUUUAUUACAGUAUUUGAGAGACCAGCCUUCCAAACUGCAGGAAUGAAAUGGAUAAUACAUGUAGCAAGGUCUAACUCCUCCAAUUGUUAAGUACCAUAUAGGCUCCAGAAAGCAUGGUUUAUGUCAUUUGAAUCACUGAACAUAGUUACUCCUUGGCAGCACAAAGUAUCAAAUUGUGCAAGCCAACAUUUUAAGGGAAUAUUCUAAAUUGGACUGUUUGUCAUCCUAUCUUGUUUUAUAAAAAGAAUCAGUCGCAAUACUGAUCAAGACAUAUUCAUAAAAUUUGAAGAAAUCACAUUCAUUGGGAAAAACCUCAAUAAUGACAUCCAUUUCUCAUGCUUUCAAGGGCUGCAUCAGAAAAUCAUUUUCACUAAUAUUUCAUUAUUGUGAAUAACCAAUUGCUAAUGAUAUUUUUAUACACGAGAUGCCUUCACUGAUAUAAUGUAUUAUAACCUGUUGGAAAGAUGCUAUAUUGUAUGGAUUCCUUUCAAAGGAAUGAUCAUAUUCAUUGUGGCUGCAUCAGCACUGUUAUCAUGUACAUAUUAAAGUGAUGCUGUUUUAUUACUGUUAUUUAGUGAGCCAUUUAAAUAUGAGGAAAUUUAAUUGAACUUAACAAGGCAAGAAUUUAUGUUACGUAUGUUGUGUCAAAGACAUGUAAAGUUUUGACCCUUUUUGUGAUGUUAUUUAAUCAAGAUCUCGUUUUUAAUACAUCAAGUUAACUGAUAGCUUGAUUUUCUGUGCGCAUUUUAUUAUAAUGAACUAUUAUUUUCUGAAAUAAUGACUAGUAUAGCCGAUGAAUUUAACUAGGGUUUGUAUCAACCACCACGCAUAACAGGGAAGCAUUGAAGCUAUACCUAGAGUGGCAUUAUAAAAUAUAACGGUGUCAGUCCAUUACUGAACUAAACAUAAUUUUUAGCAGUAGUAAACAAAGAUCCUUUUGUAAUGUGUGAGUUCUUCAAAAGUAUUUGACUUUCAUUUGGAAGUAAAAGAUUUUAGGCCCUCAUGGCAUUUCAGUGAUAAUCAGGAUCAUAUUUCUGAGUGAUUACACUAUAUAGACUUUGCCUGUAUUGCCAGUGUUUCAAAGAUUCUUACUGUCGCCUUCUCCAGUACUCGGUAGCUCUGCUGAUACAGUACAGGUGUACAGACAAGUGGAAACUGCUGUAUUUGAUUCAUCCAGUGAUAGCCAGUAGAAAGUGAGACAAAAAAUAGACCUUUAAAGGGUUGAUCUCAUUCAAAGAGAGAUGAGUGAGUAGCAUGUGCAUAAGUACUGGCAAGGAUUAUAGGGUAAUCACUCCAUGUUGAAGGUGGAGACAGUAAGCAUCACCAAAACAUCGUAACAAUACAACCUACUUCUACAUGGUACCAUCACUCAGAAAUAGGAUCCUCACAAUAUCAUUUUUUUUCUUACAGAUUUGUGUUACAAAAUGUAGCACUAAAGCAUAUAUAAUAAGAAAUUACUGCAAAUUUAAAAUAAUGGCUCUAAGUAUAUCACAUAUACCAUCACAAUUUUAUAGUCUAGAUUAACUUAUGUAAAAUAUAUGAUGCUAUUUAGAAAGCAUUAUUUUAGGUUUGGAAGGCAUAGUCAUCAUAUGGUUCUCUCUAACCCAUUUAGACAAGGCAUCAUCUGUAAGACUGUAAACAGCAAAGUGUGAAAAGCUAGUCGCUUAGUUAAGCACAUUGAUGCAAAGUCAGACUAUUCCUGUCAGGUACUUUGUGCUGCAUUAUGAUUGUAAUUAUAUUGUUCAGUUAACUAGUAAUUAGUGAUGUUUCCACUAAUGCUUUAUAACAAAAUGUGCUUGAAAAUCAACCAAUCUUAGGUCUGUGAUGAUCAAUCUUAUUGUUGUGUGAAUAAAAUAGUUUGGUUAAACGCACAAGAGAUUGAGGUUUUGUUUAUACACACUCAACUGUCUUGUAUAAAAUGUAAAGAAUAAUUUUUAUCAUAUUUUCUAUAUAUAAUUCUAGUUGCAAUGCUGCCUAUACCAAAACAAUCUGGUCAACUCUUAUGGAGUCCAUGACAUACAUUGUUUCUUUAAAAUCUUGAGACACAGUGAGAAAUGUUCAAUACAAGUCUGUACAGAUCUUGUGAAGCUUGUAAUUUAAUUUAUAAAUAUAUUAUCUGUUCUCUUUUAAUAUUUUGAUGAAAAUAAGUAAAUGUUAAAAAUACUAACUUUUUAUAACCUUUUUUGCCAUCUGUUUAUAUUGAUAUUUUAUGAACAUAAACUGGGAAACUCAUAGGAGAAAAUGAAACAUAUAUUGAAAAUGAAGCUUGCUUAACUUUAUUGUUGUCCAACUUCGCAAUUAGGUCCCUAUUUCAUGCUUUUUCUAAAAUUGUGCAAGUACAAAAUGUCAAUACUUAUAAUUUGUUUUAAUUAAAGGUGCCUUGAUUUAGGAUAAACUCAUUGGAUAUAAUGUUAUAUAUAACUGACAUUUAAAUUCAGUUUUGGAUAUAAAUAAAAUAUACUUGAGUAAUC